AUCGAACCAAACUUCUCCCCCUGCAGCUACGUAUGCCAUUUCCCCUGUCCGGUCUUCGAGUUAGGCUCUCCGUAAGAAAAAUCAAACCAGAAACCGAUCAAACCGGUCCCCCCCACCACCCACACCCAGUAUUUCUGUCCUCGUCAUGCACACCUUCUCGUAAAUUCAAGAAUUCAACGUAAUCUUGGACCUCUUGGGUCAUGAAAUCCACCUAUAAAUAUACUCAUUAUGAACUACCCUUUAACGUUAAUCAUCACUAGUUUGUCUCAGAAAAAAAAAAUCAUCACUUUUCAAAGAAAUUUCCAACCCCCCAAUUCCACCUAUAUCAGUUAUUCCUUUUAAUAUUACCGAUUUCAGCUUACCAAUUUUUCACGCACUCACACACUAAACAACUACGGAGGAAAGAAAACAGAUAGUUUAGAAAAUGGUUCAGCAGCUACACAUAUUCUUCUUCCCAUUUUUGGCCCAUGGCCACAUGUUGCCUUCCUUGGACAUGGCUAAGGUGUUCAUCUCUCGAGGGAUUAAAGCCACCAUGAUCACAACUCACUACCACGUCCCAAUGUUCGAGAAGGCAAUUGAAAGAAGCAAAGAAUUGGGAUUCGACAUUUCCGUUCGAGCAAUCAAAUUCCCAUCAUCAGAUUCCGGAUUGCCUGAAGGAAUCGAGAGCUUUGACCAGCUGAAGUCGGACGACUUGCUUCCCACCUUCAUUUUGGCCACAACCAAGCUCCAAGAACAACUGGAACAGCUCUUAGAAGAAUGCCGCCCGCAUUGCAUCGUCGCCGAUAUGUUCUUCCCCUGGGCGACUGAAGCUGCGGCCAAAUUCGAUAUUCCCAGAUUGGUUUUCGGCGGAACAAGUACAUUUGCGAUGAGUGCUAUGGAAUCUCUCCGACGGAACAGGCCUUACGACCACGUUUCCUCCGACUCCGAACCGUUUGUGGUGCCUGAAAUUCCUCACGAAAUAAAGAUGACCAGAGGAGAGAUUUCAGUGUUUGAGAGGCAGAGAGAUGAGCAGGACACGGAUUUGACCCGAUUGUUUAAUCGGGUGAGGGAAUCGGAUGUGAACUGUUAUGGAGUGGUUGUUAACAGUUUCUACGAGCUGGAGAAAGACUACAUUGAAUAUUAUACCAAGAAGUUAGGAAGAAAGGCAUGGCAUAUUGGCCCUUUCUUACUCUGCAACAAAGAAGUUGAAGAUAAAGUAAGCAGGGGAAAGAAAUUAGCCAUUGAUGAACACGAUUGUUUACAAUUGUUAGAUUCCAAGAAACCCAAUUCAGUGGUUUACGUCUGUUUUGGCAGUAUGUCUAAUUUUACCGUCGCCCAAUUGCAUGAAAUUGCAAAGGGUCUUGAGGCCUCUGGCCAAGAUUUCAUUUGGGUUGUAAGAAAUUGCGUCGACGAAGAAGACAGCGAGAAAUGGUUCCCUGAAGGAUUUGAGGAACGAAUUCAAGGGAAGGGAUUGAUUAUAAAAGGGUGGGCACCCCAACUUUUGAUUCUUGAACAUGAAGCUGUAGGAACAUUCGUAACUCAUUGUGGAUGGAACUCGACGCUGGAGGGAGUCUGUUCUGGGGUGCCAUUGGUAACAUGGCCUUUGUUUGCGGAGCAAUUUCUGAAUGAUAAACUGUUGGUUGAUGUUCUGAAAAUCGGUGUUGCUGUUGGUGCGAAAGAGUGGAGUAGAGUGGCUAAGAAUAUCAUCAAAGGAGAAGCUUUGGCUAAUGCAGUGGAGAGAGUCAUGGUUGGCGAAGAAGCUGUGAAAAUCAGAGAGAGAUCUAAGGCAUUAAAAGAAGCUGCAAAGAAGGCUAUUGAAGAAGGUGGUUCCUCUUAUUCCGAUUUCAAUGCCCUCAUUCAAGAAUUAAGUGAAUAUCAUUCAAAAAGAAAUUAAUUAGAUGACUAAUUAAACAAGUUGUACUUUUUUAUUUGGCAGCAGAUAUUAGAGACAUAUGAUAUUAUCUGCAUCGUUAAAUUGUACCUUAAUUUGUCAUAGUUUUCCCUUUGAGGACAUUGGUACUUCAAUUGUGAAAAAACUCUUGUUCUACCAUGGAUGUUAGGGUUCAUUGGUAAUUCAGUAAAUAAGCAAGGAGGAUCCCGAUUAUUAAUUUA